AUGGGGCAGAUGAAGCUCAGCAACUCCCAACCAGAGCCAGGACAGGGGCAGAUGGAGCACAGCAACCCCCAACCAGAGCCAGGACAGGGGCAGAUGGAGCACAGCAAUCCCCAACCAGAGCCAAGACAGAAGCAGAAGGGGAACAGCAACCUCCAACCAGAGCCAGGACAGGGGCAGAGAGAACCGAGCUACCCCCAACCAAAGCCAGGACAGGGGCAGAUGGAGCACAGCAACCCCCAACCAAAGCCAGGACAGGAGCAGAGGGAACUCCGCAACCCCCAACCGGAAUCAGGACAGGAGCAGAGGGAACCGAGCUACCCCCAACCAAAGCCAGGACAGGGGCAGAUGGAGCACAGCAACCCCCAACCAAAGCCAGGACAGGAGCAGAGGGAGCUCAGCAACCCCCAACCGGAACCAGGACAGGAGGAGAAGGAGCUCAGCAACCCCCAACCGGAACCAGGACAGGAGGAGAAGGAGCACAGCAACCCCCAAAAAGAACCAGGACAGGAGCAGAGGGAGCUCAGAAACCCCCAACCGGAACCAGGACAGGAGGAGAAGGGGAACAGCAACCUCAACCAGAGCCAGGACAGGAGCAGAUGGAGCACAGCAAUCCCCAACCAGAGCCAGGACAGGAGCAGAUGGAGCACAGCAACCCCCAUCCGAAACCAGGACAGGGGCAGAAGGGAAACAGCAACCCCCAACCAGAGCCAGGACAGGAGCAGAUGGAGCACAGCAACCCCCAUCCGGAACCAGGACAGGGGCAGAAGGGAAACAGCAACCUCCAACCAGAGCCAGGACAGAGGCAGAUGA